CUCUCUGCAGCUGUCUCUUCCUGGUUUCGCGAACUCAACGCGUUUUUCUGCGUUUUUUUCUGCGUUUUUCUGCGUUUUUCUGAGCACAACAAAGACCCAAACUGGACGAGAGUCGCUGAACUUCCUCCAGAAAAGAGUUUUCCGACUUUGUUUGAGUGUAAAGUGUCGUUAAAGAGUUGAAUGUGCUGCGUUGAGACGUUAAAGUGAAAGGGAUUAAACGUCCAUCAAUCAGAUCAACAUGAAGCUCAGACUCACUUUAUUCUGUCUGUUCAUCACUUUAACACAGACUGCUUCUUCUCCUCCUGCACAGCCUGAAGACCCACACUACUCGUCUCUCAGGUCAAUCCUGGACGACUUCGACGUGCUGCCUUUCUCCAGCCUGCAGACUCACUCCGUCCGCCGCCGCGACGUCCAAACUCAGACUCACGUGGAGAAGAUGGUCAGCUUCGACGCCCUGCAGAGGCAGUUCAGACUCUACCUGAGGACCAACGACGAGCUCUUCACCGACGACUUCAGAGCCGUGAUCGUGGACGAGGACGGACAAGAGCGAAACUACUCGGUCAACAGACACAACUACUUCACGGGACACGUCAUCGGUGAAGAAAACUCUCGAGUUCAGGCUCAUAUAGACGACCACGAGUUCUCCGCUCACAUCCUGACUAAUGAGGCCGAAUACAACGUCGAGCCUCUCUGGAGGUUCACGUCGGCGCCCCCUGAUGGUCGUCUGUUGAUCUACCGCUCAGAGGACAUCAGGAACCUCAGCCGUCUGCAGCAGCCCUCAGUCUGCGGCUACGUGACCUCUGACCCCGUCCACCUCUUCCCUGACAGCGUUAAAACGGCCAUAUUGGAAGAGCGAGAGGAAGAAGAGUUUGUGUCGAGAGGGAAGCGUCAGGUCCACGAUCACCUGAAGAACACCUGUCCUCUGCUGCUGGUGGCCGACCAUCGCUUCUUCAAGCACAUGGGCCGAGAGGAGGAGAGCACCACCCUCAACUACCUGAUCGAACUGAUUGAUCGUGUGGACGACAUCUACAGAAACACAUCGUGGGACGACGAGUUCAUCGGUUACGGCGUUCAGAUCCAGCAGAUCAUCAUAGAGAAGCGUCCGACCGCAGUGGCUGCUGGGAAAAGUCACUUCAACAUGAAAGGCAGUCCGGUGAAGGGGAGAGACAUUUGGGAUGUGAAGAAGCUUCUGGAGCAGUUCAGCAUCGACAUCGCAGAGAAAGCCGCCAACGUCUGCCUCGCUCACCUCUUCACCUAUCAGGACUUCGACGAAGGCACUCUGGGUCUGGCCUACGUCGCCCCGUCCAAACCCGACAUCCCCGGAGGUCUCUGCUCCAAAGCUUGUCCUUCGUCUGCGAACGAACAGAAAGUGAUCUACCUGAACACGGGCCUGACCAGCACCAAGAACUACGGGAAGACCAUCCUGACGAAGGAAGCCGACCUGGUGACGACUCACGAGCUCGGGCAUAACUUCGGGGCAGAACACGACCCCGACAACAUCCCGCACUGCGCCCCCCGAGAGGACCAGGGAGGGAAAUACGUCAUGUACCCCAUCGCAGUGAGCGGAGACCACGUCAACAACAAGAUGUUCUCGAACUGCAGUAAGCACUCCAUAGUGAAGCGUCUGAGGACGAAGGCGCCGUCCUGCUUCAAGCAGAGGAACAUUAACGUGUGCGGUAACUCUCGGGUGGAGCAGGGCGAGGAGUGCGACCCGGGACUGCUGCACAUCGACUCGGACCUCUGCUGCACCAAUGAAUGCAGACUGAAAGCCAGAGCUCAGUGCAGCGACAGGAACAGUGCGUGCUGUAAGAACUGCAGGUUCGAGUCUGAAGGUGAAGUCUGCCAGGAGCCCAUCAGCGCCACCUGUAAAGGACACUCGUACUGCACAGGAAACAGCAGCGAGUGUCCGCCGCCGGAGAACGCGCCGGAUCAAACGGUGUGUCUGGACAGCGGCGAGUGUCUGAACGGAGAGUGUAUCCCUUUCUGUCAGUCCGUCCUGAAGCUGCAGCCGUGUGCCUGCAACGAAACCAACUCGUCCUGUAAGGUCUGUUGCCGUGGCAGCGGCGGUGUCUGCGCCCCCUACCAGGAUGACACGGGUCACUUCCUGUACCUGCGUAAAGGCAAACCGUGCACCGUGGGGUUCUGCGACGGAGCGGGGAAGUGCAUGAAGCAGGUCCAGGACGUGAUCGAGCGUCUGUGGGACUUCAUCGAUAAACUGGACAUCAACACGUUUGGGAAGUUUCUGGCCGAUAACAUCGUUGGUUCUGUGGUGGCGUUCUCUCUGCUGUUCUGGGUCCCCUUCAGCAUCCUGGUCCACUGUGUGGACAAGAAGCUGGAUCAACAGUAUGAACAGACCACCAAGUCCCUGUUCUUCCCCAGUAAUGCCGAGCUCCUGAGCAGCCUUGAGUCUGCCUCUGUUCGGAUCUUUAAGCCUCCAACCUUCCCCUCCACCACCAACGCCGCCGCGCUGCGUUUCCAGCCGUCCGGCCCCCAGCAGACCAGCACCCCUCCGGUCUCCAGCUCCGCCCCGGGCCCCGACCCGGCCCCGGUCCCGACCCCCGGCCACCCCCUCCUGGACAGCCCCCGCAUGGCCACCAUCCAGGAGGACCCCAGCUUGGACUCGCAUCUGGACAAGGAGGCCCUGGAGGAGGCGUUCGGGCGGCCAGCGGGGGCGACUCAGCGCUCCUUCGAGGACCUGACGGAGAACAGCGUGACGGGUCGCAGCGGGAAGGCGAUAAUGUUCAGACUCCAGCGACAACAUCAGAUCGACACCAAGGAGACGCAGUGCUGACAGAGCUCGCCGUCCACGGAGCCGAGCUCGCCGUCCACGGAGCCGGAUUCAGGUUGUUACAGUUCAAACUGGUUCUGUACUAAAGACUGUCGCACUGCCGCACUCAGGUCCGAUAACCAAUAGCAAUCUGUUCGUUGUGAGCAAUAAUAUUUUAUUAUUAUUAUUAUUACAUAACAGUUUUAGAUCGACACGUUAUUUUUCUAUUAUAAUAUUAUUAUAAUAUUUUAUGGAGUCAGAUUAACGCACACAGACGUAUUUCAGGAUUUAUUAAUAAAAGAGAACUUCUGUCUCUUGUUGUAGUAUUUGUGGGAAAUACAUUAUUUUAAUAUGUGCGGUUGUUUACAUAUAAACAACAAUAACUGUUUAUAUAUAAAUCUCGAAAUACAUUUGUAAAUCUGUACACUUUUAUAUUGUUUUAAAGAGAUAUUUUAAUGAAUUUGCUCCAUGAAAGAAGUUUUUUAUAGCUCACACUUUGGGAAGCACUGAAUUAGACUUUAUGGAAUCAAUACAGAAAAAAUAUAUAAGACAAGAAAUUGUUAAUUAUUCAAUACAGGUUGAAAAUGUUAAUUUCUGUAAAACAGUUUUAGUUUUAAUUAAGUCCAAAGUUUAUUUCAUGAUGUCAUCUUCAUAAUUCCAUGAUUAUAUAUAUUUAUAUUUAUAUACUUAUUGAUGUGAUUAUUUACUUUUGGGAUUCUGUAUUUUGGUGGAAAUGUUCGUAUCCACUUAAAACCGACACCAGAUCUUCUGACGGCUGUAAAUGUAAAACAGACACCAAAAGAUGAACCUUCAGGUAUUUUUCUUCCAAAAAUGGAAGUUAAAAGCUUUAAAAGUCAAUAAAGCUGCAAUUUAUCUGCAACUAUGAAGCAAAAAUUUAAAAUAUUUGAUGGCUUCAGCUUCUUGAAUAUGAUCAUUUGCUGCUUUUUGUUGACUAAACCUUCGAGCUAAUUAAAUAUCUGUGUGUUUGAACUGUUUGGGCUUCAGACAUUUUUCAGUUUCAUAAUCUAGAAAAUAAAGAUCAGAUUCAUUAAUUGUGAAAAUGAUCAUUAACAGCAAGAGUCUUCAUGGGAAAAGAUUCAAACAUUUUGGGAGGAUUUACAGUCAGAUAUUGUAUCUUGUUUACCGACAACAGAAGAAGAAGCGACUUCUGUUAAUUUUUAUUUUUUGGCUGUAAAGAAAAUAAAAAUGUAUAUUAUUUAAUCUACCGUCCGUUUAAUGGUUGUAAAAUAUCUUUAAACUGCCGUCCGCCCCUCAAACCAACAAAAAACACUUUAAAUAUAAACAGAUAAAAUAGUUUUUGGUCAUUUUAAGUAAAAACUGUUUCCGUUUUCAACCGUUUUAAUUAAUAGUGUCUCACAGGGAACUGAACCCCAAACUCAGACAGUGUUGGUGUUUCUGUUUCAGUUUGUCUGAAUAUGGAAGUCCAUUUCUGCCACGUAAAGUACAUUUUAAUUAUAUUGGCUAAUGGUAGCCAAACGCUCGCUAACUGGCUAUGUAAUUUACAUCAGUGGUUAGCUAGUUCGCUAACGUCAACAAAAACAAACAUUUGAUGGUUCAAGGUUUUUUUACGUUUUGAGAAAAUAAGUUUUCAGGACUCAAUUAUCGAUUAUCUUGAUAAGAAAGAGAUUUUAUCAGGAAACAAAUGGAAACUUAUUUCAUAAGUGAUCAUAUGAAAAAUCUUAAUUAGUAAACUUUAUAUAGUUUAUAAACUUUAUUACUAUAGUUGUGUAAAAAGUUCAAUAUUUCUCCUGAAAAUCAGUUAAUUGAAUUAAAUUAUUAAAAAGAUACGAAAGUAAAAGAAUCUUAAAAUUGUACUUUGAGUAACUUUUAACAUUUUAUUCUUUAUUCUGCUGGCUGAAAUGAGCUUUCAUGUUUCGAAACAUUUGUACGUUUUAAGUUAAUUUGUAAUAAAAUGAGGCCGUGUACUGCAUUUAUUCUAGUUUUGACUUGUAUGUGUCUUUGUUUUGUUUUUGAUAAAUACCACUUUAGUAUAAAUACAGUCAGCUGUUUAAAUCUGACACAAAGAGGUAUUUAAACCAAACUGACGUAUUUACAUUGUUUCACUGGGAGAGCUCUCGGGCUGUUUGGUACCACUGUUUAUAUUUUAUUAAAUGUUUGUUUUGUGUUUUAUUUUUGUUAUUGAAAGCGUUUUGUAUUUUAAAUGACAAUCACUGAGAACCCCUCGUGCCUUCUCUUCCUUCAAAUGCACUAGUCAGUAUUUUUAAUAUUGUGUAUUAAAGAUAUGUACAGAGUGCUUCUGUUUACUGUGUUGUUAUAUGCAGACGAUGAUGCACCAUAUUCUGUUAAACACGUCUUGUAACGAGUAUUUUAAGGUCUGACUGUAUUAUGUUUGUGUCACUGUGUUUACCUGUCAGUCAGUCUGCUGUUUCAAAAUAAAAGGUUUUACUGACUGUUUUCAAGUGAGCAAAAGUCUGUUUCUGAACGCUGAUGAGCAAUAAAGUUAUUGUUGAAUUCUUGA